AUGGCAGAAGUGGCUCCAAGACAACUCACCUACUGCGGCGUGUGCACGUUCCCGCCCGAAUACUGCGAAUUUGGUGUUUCGCUCAAGAGAUGCAAGGAAUGGCUCGCCGAAAACGAACAAGAGCUCUUCGACAAACUCUACUCGGAAGAGGCCCUAGCCAAUGCAACUUCGACAUUGUCGAUCGAAAAGGAGGAACAGAUCCACAAGGACUUGGAGAAAAAACAGGCCAAAGAAGAGAAGAAGUUGGAGCGAGAGUUGCAGAAGAAGCUCGCGUCCAAGAUCGUCAUCAAGCGGAUCGAGCGGAACCGCAGAAAGCACAUCAUUUCCAUCAACGGGUUGGAGGUGCUCAACGUAGACAUCAAGAAGUUGGCCAAGACGUUUGCGCUGAAGUUCGCGACGGGCGCUUCGGUGACCAAGAACGCCGAGAAGAAGGACGAGGUGUUGGUGCAGGGCGAUGUGAGUGACGAGGCACGGGUGUUGAUCGAGAAGUUGUUGGAGGAGCAGGGUUUGAACGAGGUCAAGGUGGAGCAGAUCGACGAGAAGAAGAAGAAGAAGGCCGAUGCUCCUGCUGCGUAA